CAUAAUUCCAUUAAAAGACCACUCUCCUAGGCCAUGCACACACGUACACAGUAAAGUUAGUUCCUCUUCUCUGGUGUCAACGCUAUUAAUAUGGGAUACAUUGAAUCUUGGGAAGAGUUUUCCAAAGCAGCUGUAAGACUACACUCACAAAAUCCCUGGAAGGUCAGGUUUGUGGUGAAGUACAGGCACUGUGAUGGAACGUUGGUAUGCAAAAUGACAGAUGAUAAAGUGUGUUUAAAGUACCAAACUGACCAACUUCAAGAUGUAAAGAAGCUGGAAAAACUUAGUAGUUCACUGAUGAGAAACAUGGUGUCCAAAGAACGCUGAAUCAUGCUCCAAGUCUACUUUCAUCUCAUCUUUCCCGACUUAUUUACUUUAUAUUGUUUGAAAUUAUAUUUGUAAUCAAUAUAACUAUCGUUAAAGCAAUGAAGUAAACAUGAA